ACAACCAUAGGGGAACAAAUCAACAGCAAGCUGGUCGCGGGAACGCUUUACUGUACGGACAGGAAGUUGGUGUCUUGAGCCGUGUCACAUUGAAGCCCAUUAGCUAUCCUUGUAAUAGCUACAGAGUAGCUCUGGUUAGAAAGGGCAGAGUAACCUCACCGAUUUGAUCCAUGACGUCGUGUUAAAUUUCAUCAUGUUUCUAUCCAAAGUGGCUGCACGUUUAAGUCUGGUAUCCAGACUUAGUGGUACCCUUCAUCAUCAAUCACAAUCCCUUAGCUGUACUCUGGGGCGCUCUUGGCCUGCACGAUGCCAGUCUUUUUCCAUCACACACCGGCGCUUCAAUUCGGCAGCAGACAAUAAAGUCCCUCCUAAGCUCUGGAUGCCCUUAGAGCCAGAGCUGGAGGAGGUCCUAGUCCCCCGUAAGCUCGCCGUGUCGCCACUAGAGAGCUGGCUCUCCCUGCGCUACUCUCUCCCCACGCCGGAUGCAGCCCAGCCCUUGGAGGAAGGGGAUGUGGUGGUGGAGGCUGUGGUUCUGCCCCCUGCCUCUUACCCUGUGCUGGAGGGAGAGGAGGGCAACACUCCCCUCAGCUGCAAGAACGUGCUGGAGAUCCGGCGACGGAAGAUGAACAGGCACAAGUACAAGAAGCUGCUGAAGCGCACCAAGUUCCUGAGGAGGAGAGUGAAAGAGGGCAGGAUCAAAAGGAAACAGUCCCGCUUUGAGAAAGAUCUUACAAGAAUCUGGAAGAAAGCUGGAUUGAAAAAGGCACCAGAAGGAUGGACUAUGCCCCAAAUUUUCAGCAGGCAAUAUUAGUGUUGGAAAGGACCUCACUGUACUUGUCAGCCUGCAAACACUUGACCUGUUAUCAGACUCAUCUUGGGACUCCUGGCUUCCAGCUAAGACUGAUGUGGAAUGGACUGAUCACUGUUGUGUUGGAACGCGCAUUGUAACAACUUAAUAAAGACUAUGUGA